AAAAGAAGAGACUACUUGCACCCAUCGUAGAAACCCUUACUGAAACCCUAAGAAGUCGGAUCUACGCUGCGAUGGCGGACGAAGAGGUUAUGGGCUCAGCUAGCCCUGCUCCGUCCGAUCACAAACGGAAGCUUGAUGAUUUGGAUAGCGAACCCUUCGAACAACCACCGGUUUCUGCCGACUCCAAUGGCAAUUCGCAGUCGGUGGCUGACGCUGACGGUGAUGCUGCUCCUACCGAUAUUUCUCCGGAAGAUCCUGACGUGAAACGACCUCGUCUGGAUGACAACACAGACGGUUUUGUUGAAGCGACCGAGAAUGGGCAUCAGGAGGAAACGGCAGAGGAACCAAAGGAAGACGUUACUGAACCAUCGGCUGUGAUGAAGAAUGCCGAGUCAGAGGAGGGUCAAGAAAAACCUAUUGAACCCUUGGACACAGUGAACAAAGAAUCUGCAACUAAUGAACCCGAUGCAAAUGCCAUAGAUUUGCCAUCUGCUGAGAAUCCUGAAGAAUCAGAUAAAGUGGAACAUCAGGAAUCCGGAGUAGAACGUCAGGAUCCCCCUUCAGAUGUUGCUCCACAAGGGGAUGUGUCUAGUUUGAAGGACCAACCUACGUCUGCUGACCAACCUACUUCACGUAGGAUGGAGGUUCCGAGUAAUAAGGUUGGGGUCCUAAUUGGCAAGGCUGGAGACACUAUCAGAACAUUGCAAUAUAGCUCGGGGGCAAGAAUUCAAAUCACACGUGAUGCUGAGGCUGAUCCAAAUUCGGCUACUAGGCCUGUAGAAUUAAUAGGUUCCAUAGAGAAUAUAAACAAGGCUGAGAGGCUGAUAAAAGAUGUUAUAGCAGAGGCUGAUGCUGGUGGUUCCCCUUCUUUGGUUGCCAGAGGUUUUAGUGUCCACUCCUCAGGGAUUGGAGAACAAAUUCAAAUACAAGUUCCAAAUGACAAGGUUGGUGUCAUCAUUGGCAAAGGUGGAGAGACUAUAAAAAACCUGCAGACACGAUCUGGAGCUCGCAUUCAGUUGAUUCCACAACAUCUUCCUGAGGGUGACCAAUCUAAAGAAAGAACUGUGAGAGUCACCGGUGAUAGGAAACAGAUUGAGACUGCAAAGGAAAUGAUUAAGGAAGUGAUGGACCAGCCUAUACGGUCAUCAACCCCAUCAGGAGGUGGUAAUAAUCAGCAGCAGAACUUUCGUCCUCGUGGACCUGGACCCAACUGGGGACCCAGAGGUCACCCAUCACCAUCUGGGUAUAACUAUCCACCACGUGGAGCGUAUCCAUCUCAGAAUCCACCCUACUCGUCACAAGGUUAUGGUAAUUAUCCCCCACAACAACCACCACCACCACCAAAAAACAAUUUUGGUUGGGACCAAAGACCUCCAACGAACAUGCAGGGGCCUCCUGAACAAACUGGUUAUGACUACUAUAGUGGGCAGGGCGGCCAUAUGGCGGCAUCGGCUGCACAACCACCAAUGCAUUCCCAUCCUCCUGGCUCUGCAAUGGGCCCGCCUUCUCAAGUAAAUUAUAAUUAUGGACAACCACAAGGUCCAGAUUAUGGGCAGCAGCCGCCCCCCGCUCCUUAUGCACAGACGGCACCACAGGGUUACAGUCAAGGUUAUGGUGAAACCAGAUAUGACCACCAGGGGCCGGCUCAGCAUCCAUAUGGAGGACAAGGGACUCAGCCGUCAACUUACCCUCCAGCAAACACCGCUCAUCCAGGCUAUGGUCAGCAGGAUCAGUAUGGUAAGCUGCUAGCGUACAACAUGCCACAACAGGGGCCCUAUGCUCAGCCUUACGGUCAGCCUCGACAACAGCCGUACCCUGCAUCUAGCGGCCCAAUGCCGCCACAAGCUUACCCUCAAUAUGGCACUGCUCCUGCUGCUAACGAUAUGUACACAGCCACGGGGGGUUAUUCUCAGCAAGGUGGUCAACCUGUUUCUGGAUAUGCUCAGACUGGUGUCCAGCCACAGCAGGCAGCGGCACCAGGUUAUGUUCAGGCCGGACCCACCACUGGUUAUGGUCAGUACCCUUCCACACAAUCUGGAUACAGUGAACAAGUGGCUCCAAGCAGUGCAGGUUACGGUUACCAAGGUGCACCAGAUCCAGCGUAUGCCAGUGGUCCAGGAAUGGCCUAUGGUGCACCACCUGCGGUUCAGCCUGCUUAUUCUCAACCGGCUCCGGUUCAACCUGGGUAUGACCAAUCUAUACCUCAAGCUGGUGGUUAUGCAACUCCACAGCCACAACCUCAGCCGCAGCCACAACCACAAGCGGGUUAUGGUCAGUAUGACAGUAGUCAGAUGUAUGCAGCGCACCGUUGAUCAAGGUUUGGUCGGCCGGGAUUGAAUUCCUGGUGUCAUGUUGGGUUGUAUUAGUGGGAUUGUUGAAUCUGAUGUCAUAAAGCUUGUUACAGAUGCGGAUUUUGUAGAAUCGUCAUAUGAUUUAAUCUACUUGAUGUUUUUUUCUU